AGGGAAUCCCCGCUUCUUGCAAAGGGAGGCGCCGAUUUGGUUGUCGGUACUGGUGCUCGAAGCAAAGCCGAAACAAGAGGAGCGUAUUUGGGCGCCGCCAACACCUCCAGGAACAGCCGCCGCCGCCGCCGCCGCUGCCUCCCCAUUGCCGGGAGAUGGUGGCAUAUGAAGCGCGCUGGAAGGACCAUGGUUGAAAGGAACAGCAAGUUCCUGCUGAUCGUGGCGGGGUCGGUGUGCUUCAUGCUCAUCCUGUACCAAUAUGUGGGGCCGGGGCUGAGUCUGGGCUCGCCGAGCGGCCGCUCGUACCAGGAUGAGCUGGACCUCUUCCCCACUCCGGACCCGCACUACGUCAAGAAGUACUACUUCCCCGUGCGGGAGUUGGAGCGCCAGCUGGCCUUCGACAUGAAGGGGGACGACGUGAUCGUCUUCCUGCACAUCCAGAAGACGGGCGGCACGACCUUCGGGAGGCACCUGGUGCGCAACAUCCAGCUGGAGCAGCCGUGCCAGUGCCGCGCCGGGCAGAAGAAGUGCACCUGCCUGCGGCCGGGCAAGCGCGAGACCUGGCUCUUCUCGCGCUUCUCCACGGGCUGGAGCUGCGGGCUGCACGCCGACUGGACCGAGCUCACCAACUGCGUGCCCGGCGUCUUGGACAAGCGAGAGAGCGCCGCGGUCAAACCUCCCAGGAAAUUUUAUUACAUCACUCUGCUAAGGGAUCCUGUGUCCCGUUAUCUCAGUGAAUGGAGGCAUGUCCAACGAGGAGCUACCUGGAAAACAUCCUUACAUAUGUGUGAUGGCCGGACACCAACCCCUGAAGAACUGCCAUCAUGCUAUGAAGGCACAGACUGGUCAGGCUGUACUCUUCAGGAGUUCAUGGAUUGCCCAUAUAACUUAGCUAACAAUCGCCAAGUGAGGAUGUUGGCUGACCUAAGCUUGGUAGGCUGCUACAAUAUGUCCUUCAUACCAGAAAACAAACGAGCACAGAUACUGCUGGAAAGUGCCAAGAAAAAUCUCAGAGACAUGGCCUUUUUUGGCUUGACAGAAUUCCAGAGAAAAACACAGUAUUUGUUUGAGAGAACUUUCAAUCUAAAAUUUAUCAGGCCAUUCAUGCAGUAUAAUAGCACAAGAGCAGGUGGAGUGGAGGUGGACACCAAGACCAUACGGAGAAUUGAAGAACUUAAUGACUUGGACAUGCAGCUGUACGACUAUGCAAAAGACCUCUUCCAACAGCGCUAUCAGUACAAAAGGCAGCUGGAGAGGAUGGAGCAGAGAAUAAAGAAUCGGGAAGAAAGGCUUCUUCACCGAUCAAAUGAAGCACUUCCCAGGGAAGAGACAGAAGAACAAGGACGGUUGCCUACCGAGGACUACAUGAGCCAUAUUAUAGAGAAGUGGUAGCAUUGAAAGAAUUUUAUACAAAAAAAAAAA